GGUUACAAGCUAGCGUUCUUCUCUUAAAACAGAUAAGUAGUAAACGACUUUGAAGUAAUGUCGGAGUAGGUGGAUUUUUAGCAUUGUUGGUUGUAUUUAUUUUUUCUCUCCCCAGAAAUCGGUCUCUCUGGCACAUGAUUUAGAACGAGUGCGCUGAAUAAGAAGUUGUAAAUACUUUAGUUUGCUAGUGUGCUAAAUCUUCCCGUUGUAUUUACCUCUUCAGCUGACUGCGCUUGCUAAUUAUUGCUGCAUUAACUCGUUUAGUUAAUUAGUGAGUGCCAAGGGAACCGACUUCAGUAGUAAAACGCUGGUAGAUAGGUGAGUCUAACCUGCUGCUGGACUGAAAUGCCAGAUUCAAGGAUGAUGAACAAGAACGGAAUGGUGUCAAAUAUUCAGAUGCGGAUAAGGACUGACUCGUUUAAGAGCAAUUACGACCUGGUUGGCAAAGAAUUGGGCAGGGGGAAGUUUGCUGUGGUGAAGAAGUGCAUUGAGAAGGCAACAGGGAAGGAGCAUGCUGCCAAGUUCCUGCGCAAGCGGCGAAAGGGAGAGGACUGUCGCAUGGACAUCAUCCACGAGAUUGCUGUCUUGGAGUCCGCCAAGUCCAACCCCUUUGUUGUGUCUCUGCAUGAGGUCUACGAGGACACCUCCGAGAUUAUUCUAGUGCUGGAAUGUGCUGCUGGUGGGGAGAUCUUCAACCAAUGUGUGGCAGACAACGACGAGGCCUUCACAGAGCAGGAUGUGAUCCGUCUGGCGAGGCAGAUCCUGAUGGGCGUGGCCUGUCUGCACCGUAAAAAUGUGGUCCACUUGGAUUUGAAGCCUCAGAACAUACUCCUAACCAGCUCUCGACCACUGGGAGACAUCCGCAUCGUAGAUUUUGGCCUGUCCCGAUGCAUGGACAACAUGAAGGAGGUGCGGGAAAUAGUGGGCACCCCAGAGUAUGUAGCACCAGAGAUCCUGAACUUUGAACCAAUCAGCACAGCAACAGACAUGUGGAGCAUCGGUGUACUGACCUACGUCAUGCUGACCGGGGAGUCCCCCUUCCUAGGUGGCGACAAACAGGAGACCUUCCUCAACAUCUCACAGGUCAACGUGGACUAUUCCCAGGACGUCUUUGAGGGAGUGUCAUCCCUGGCCAUCGAUUUCAUUAAGUUACUGCUGGUCAAGAACCCCAGGAAGAGAGCCACUGCAGAGGAGUGUCUGAAGCACCCCUGGCUGAGUGGGCAUGCUCACCCCCACCUCCUAUCUAGCCAUCUGCCCUCCCUGGAUGAGCCAGAGACCGAACAGUCUGAAUCGGAACCCGAGCCAGAGAGUCCAGCCUCAUCUCCAGAGCUGCUCAUCAUGGCCUCUUACACCCUCUGUUCCAGCCACAGUGAAAUGAAGUUAGGGAGGGGAGCCUUCGCUUUUGACGAGCCCUUCCCCACCCACCCCAAAAUUAAACAGGGGCUCAUCUGCUGAGCUGUGUUGAUGGUUGCCCCAUGUACCAUGAUGACCCAGUUUAUACCAAAUAAACAUGGCUGAAGCCAUUUGGCCUGGCCUAGUGCAGUGCAAUGGCUCAUGCAGCAUGUGUGUACAUGUCAGCUUGAGCACUGAAUGUAAAUGAAGACAGCUUUGUCAUGCUCUUUGCUGAAAACAGUUGUAAGGCUCAGAGGACUGAAGGCUGCUCUUGAUUUUCCUCCACAAGCUUUGAGCACUGUGGUGGAGUUCGUUGCUUUAAAAAAAAGACAAUAACAAACUCGAACAAAAGGAUGAAGCAUUCUGUUUUCCCCCCUGCUGAAUGAGAAGAAUCUGGUGAGCAGGUUUUCUGUGGUCUGUUCUUUGUUCUAUUUGUACUCCUGAGUGUCCCUCACAGCCCCAUGCCACCCUGAAGCAGAUGUUGGACUGCUUCCUUCAAAAGGAAGGUCUGUUGCCCGAGAGGCAUCACAUCAAAGCUUAGCUGUGAGCGAGCUUCACUCUGGAUUUUUUGUUCAUUUUAUUGUGUUGCCAAACAUGUCAGCAAAGUCUGUUUGAGAGCUUGUUGAUGAGGAUUUUCAGACAUUUCUGUUGUCCUGACAGGUCAGUGGACAGAUUUGCCAGGCUGUGUGCUUGAAGGAACUUGCAUUGCAAAGACAUGUCAGGUGGUAAACUGAUGGUCAUGGGAUCUACCUCACAAAGGCCAUUCAGAAUGCAGUUUCACAAGUGUAAUAUGCUCUUUUUUGUUUUAUUUAUUUGUUGGUAUGCUUGUUUGUUUCACCCUUUAUCCCCAUCGUGUUCUUUCAAGUCCCAUCAAGACAACUUCCUUUGAAACCUAGAGCCAGGAUUUUAAUAAAUGUUCUGUGUCUUCUGUAGUUGAUAGACAAUCCAGCCUCAAAGCACUUUCAGUGGACCAAGCAACAGAUCUUUAUGUAGGCAGGCAUCAGUCACCAAAGACUUUUUAAAAGGGUAUAGUUCAAGGAUGCACAAAUCUGUAUACAUGUUCAUACACAUAUGCACACAAAUGUCACAUUUUGCAAAUGUUGUUCAUUACAUUCCACCAAGUGCCAGACAGUACACCCCACACAGUGUUGUACAGUCACAAACAUAUUCAUGAAAAUGUUCUUAAUAUUCACUGUUUAAAUAUGUGAUGUUUUAUUUCUCUGCACUUCCAGCUUCAACAGCUCAUCAGGCUGUGUAGAUAAUGAUGUCCAGUAAGAAAGCCUUGAAUGCAGCAGUAUCACAAAGCAGAUGAAAAGAUCUGUUUGACAUUCUUGUGAAUUUGUUAUAGGUCUUUCAAAAGUACCAUGAAAUGUGUUUUGAAAUACUUUUUGGAGGAAG